AUGCCCGUGCGCAGCGAUGGCGAGUGCCUGCGCGAAAUCAGGGACAACAGUAAAUCCGGACAGGCGCUGUCGUACACGGACAGGAUGUUCUGUGCGGGACACCGGAGCCGGGACCGGGGAGGACCCCGGGACGCCUGCCGAGGGGACUCCGGGGGACCCUUCGUCGUCAAGCACGUUAAGAAGGAGGACAGGCCGUAUCAUGCAUGUCUAACCGAAAGGUCUCUGCCUGGCACUUCCAAAACGGCGCAUGUGCAGUACGUACCUGUGAGGAAGGCGUACAUCCACGGGGAUUAUGACCGGUUCAGUGACGUGUUUGAUUACGACAUCGCGCUGUUAGAACUCCGGGACGCCGCCGUGCUGGGGCCCUGGGUCAGGCCAGUGUGCCUGCCUGCAAACGUGCGACAAGGGCUGAGGAUGAGUGAGGAAGGCACGACCGGCACCGUUGUUGGGUGGGGUCGCCUUGGAGACGGGGCCACGCCCACCGCGCAGAUCCUGCAGCAGAUCUCCCUCCCGGUCCAGCCGCACGGCACGUGUGAGCGGGCCAUGGAGGCAGCCGGCCGCCCCACCGCGCAGUACACCUCGCGGAUGUUCUGCGCCGGAGACGUGGCGGGAGGGCGGGACGCCUGCCCGGGUGACUCGGGCGGACCCUUCAUGGUCUCCCGCAAGAGCGGCGGGACGGACCGCUGGCACCUGGUCGGGGUGGUCAGCACGGGGACUGACCAGGGCUGCGGCCGGCCUGGUCAACUCGGUCUGUACACCAUGGUGGCCAAAUAUCUGGACUGGAUCCACAGCAUCAUCAACUGACCAGUCGGCAGCGUAAAGGGGCACUAUGCAACAUUUUUGCAGUGAACAUAAGAAUAUUUUAUUUUAAAAGUAUUUGUGUGACUGUAAUGCACAACAUAUUUGUGUAAUGGUCUCACAUUUCUGACAUCUAUGGUUGGCACUGAAUCAGCCCACACGAGGCAUACACAGUUUAUGGUGCCACCACAAACUGACAUAAUGUAAGCAAAGUUGGCUGACAGUUGUGCUUUAAACACACUAGUAAGGCGUCAUACCUCCACUUCCUGAAUGGCAUAUAUUUGCAAUAGAAUAGGGUUGAUUUUAUUUGUGAUAGACUUUUUGUAUCAUCCAAAUGUUGCAUGAAGUCCUAGACACAGCAAAUGCGACGUCAUUCCUAGCGCAUAUCCCACUUAUAUACACUCCUUAUAAAUACUUGUCUUUAAUGUUGAUCACGUAAACUGAAUUGAUGCAACAACGAUUUUAUCGUGAGAAACUGAAAAGAAAAUUUGACAGUAUAUUAGAUACAAAUAAAUAGAACAGUAAGAUUUUCACAGUAUUAAAAUCUUCUGUACGUACAUUGAAA